AUAAACAGCAGAUAAUUGACGUCAAAAGCUAGUAAAUGGGUAACAAACAGAUGCAUUACAACAAUUCGAUUAGAAAAGCAUAUCAAAAAAUAUUGCAAACAAAAUUGGAUGCGAUCUCGUUUUGAUUGCAAAAAUUUAUACAGAUUUUGUAUUUUGUGACUUUUUAAAAUUUGAAAUUUAAAAUUAACUGAUUAACUGUGAAAAAAUUGAUAAUUCGGCGGAAAUGGAAGAAUUGCGCGAUGCCAGCAUACACCACACGGCACAAAAACUCGCCAACGCCAUAAAGUCAAUGAAAAACUACGACGAAAUUUUCAAACAAGUGCAGAAACUCGCCUGCAGUCCAGGCGUUGAUAAGAAAGAUCUACGCAACACACUGGAGGAUGCCAUCAAAUCGACGGGCCUCGAAACCGAAAUUCGCAACAUAGUAUUCCAUUUGGUGCGUAACACGUUAGGUACGGAGCAGAAGUCACAGGAGAAGAUACCGCAAAGUACCGAUCCCUUGGGAUAUCUGCGACGCUCCGCUGUGCAAUGGGAUCGACGGGUGCGUAAAAGUUUGAAUGCAAUGUGUGCUGAACUGAGUAUGCCGCUGCAAGGCCAACCACGUACAGUAUUGGAUCGCGAUGAGUUGAUUAGCAAAUGGGAUGAGUUGAGCAAUUACAAUAUUGAUCUCUCAAACUACCGUCCCGUCUAUGCGCCCAAGGACCUCUUAGAUGUCUUGUUGUCGCUCAAGGGACCACAAAAGCCAGCGGCGGAUACUGAAUUUGUGCAAGUACCCAAUUGGGAGUUUUCGCAUAUUGAAUUGCCGGUGAAGAAACUCUUCGAAUUGCGUCUCCUAUUCGCUGAGCUCUCUCGUAAGGAUAGCACAACAAAUAUCUUAGACUUGCCCACACAAUGCAAACGUAUACUGGAAACCAAGCAAGCGCCACUAUGCCAACAUUUUCUGAAGAAGGGAAGGACGCCACCACCGUUUCGUGGUGAAUUAUGGUCCUUUGUACUAUCGUACGGCAGUUACAUGAACGGGCAGGAAUGUGAACAUUGGGCGCAUUUACGUAACAAAGUUUUGACCACCGAUCACAUUGUAGAUAAGCUGAUCUUCAAAGACAUUCAAUUGACAUCCUCCAAUGACGAUCAAUAUUUUGUUUUCGAAGAUGUACUCUAUCAGAUAAUGCUGUGCUUUUCACGUGACACAGAAAUCGCCAGUCAAAUUCAGUUUGAGAAAUAUCCAGUGAAGGGCAGAUAUUAUGAUGGCCCACCUUCAGGUGUAGUACCCUUCCACGGUAUUUGCAUGUUUGCGGCACCAUUUUGUUAUUUAUACGAUUCUUCUAUAAAUUUGUACUUCACAUUUCGCGCUUUCUAUAUACGCUACUGCCAUCGAUUGACCACAAUAAACACACAUCCUCAGGGUAUUGUCAGUUUGUGUCUAUUGUACGAGAAGCUUUUGCAAGCACACGAGCCGCAGCUGUGGUCACACUUCCGUGAACUACAAAUACAACCCAUCCGCAUCGUUUUCAAGUGGCUAAUGCGUGCCUUCAGUGGCCACCUGCCACCUGAUCAGCUGUUGAUACUAUGGGAUUUGAUUCUCGGCUACGACAGCUUGGAAGUCCUUUCACUCUUUGCCAUCAUAAUUUUGAGCUUCCGCAAAGAGAGUCUCAUGCAAGUCUCAUCACUCGAUAAUAUUGAGGCAAUACUGGCGGAUUUGUCAUCGAUUAAAGUGUUACCGCUUAUACAGUUGGCGUUGAGUCGUGAUUGAAGGGCGGGGCAAGCAAAUUAUCUCAAAAUAUUGUCUAUUGAUAUACUAUAUUGACUAUAUUUACUACGGAUAUAUUUUGAUUUCUUAUGCAAAUGUGAUAUGUGAAUAUGUACGCUAUGUUCUCGAUGUAUGCACUCAUUUUUAUUUUGUUCAUAUACGUAAUA